CACAAAACUUGUUAUCGGUAGCAAUCGCACGGCUUUGUAUUUCUAUUCCUAAAUUACUUAUUAUUUUAAAUAUAUAGCUUCAAAAUGAUCGGUAGAUUGUCUUUUUGGUAUAAAGACAAUGUUUCAAACGAAGUGGACUGUGUGGCGUGCCGAUUGGUGAGUGGAAUGGGUCUCCUUGGAAUCGGUGCAUUCCUUUUGGCGCAAGCGAAGAAACGGCCAAAGCCUCUGGAAAGCUACACUAUGAAAGGCUUGGCAGCAGCCGUUGGUGUUAUAGGCGUCGCCCGCUUGGCAGAUGCGAAUUUUCUAAAGGCGACGGUCGAGGAAUCAAAGGAACAGGAAACCAAGACUUUGAAGGCUACCAGUGAUCACCAGUUCUUUGCUAGACGUUAAUAAAGUGGUUUUAAAUUGUAAAUUCAUAAUAUAUUUUUUCAUAGAGCCUAUACAAUUAUUUGACAAGACUAUUUAUUAGUAUUACCUUUCUAAAACCAUUAAAUAUACAUAGAAGUGUAAAUGUC